UCCAAGGCAAAGGAACCGUCAUGACCUACAUGUUUGAGGAGCGGGUGAAUAUCUGCAGGUUCUGGGAUCCUCAGUCGGGGGUCUGGCUGCUGCUGCCACUGCAGUGGGAAGUAAACGUUGAGUUCGUCAAAGCUCGAGUCCAAAGAGUCAUGUCCACUCUGCCAGGUCUGGUGGACCAGAAGGAGAUCACUGCAGCACUCAGACAGUGCAACUAUGACCCUGAAGAGGUCAUCUCGGUCUACCUCACCAUGUUUGGAGAAAUCCUUCUGCAGGCGUCUCCAGGCGGCGAUCACAACUACACCGACCUCAACUCCUUCAGAGCCCUCCUGGAGCGGGACCGGGUCAUAGAGGAUCUGAGGCAGAAACUCCAGACCAAAGAAAAGGAGGUGGACGAUCUCUUCCAGAAGAACAGCUACCUUGCGAGGGAAGUACGAUACCUUAGUGAAGUCAUCCAGCACCUGAACCAGAAGUUGGCCGAGCUUGAGGCUGACCAGCAGGAGGCACGAGAGAAGAUCCGUUCCCUCCUCAGUCGCCGGGCUCCUGCUGUCCCACCGGUCAAAACCAUCACCAAGCCCGCCGUUGAACCAGACCAACUCCGCCAAGUGAGCCGACUAACCCGUGAACUGAAUGUCAGCAACAAGCAGCUUCGAUCCACAGUUGGCCAGGCGCUGACCGACAUGAAGAACCAGCUGGAGCAGCUGAAGGGCACUAUGGGCAAGUUGACCCAGGUGGAGCAGGUGGCGGCAGGGGAGGUGGAGGAGCUGCGAUCCCUUUACAGGAAGGAGGCGGUGGAGAGGAAGAGCCUGUACAACAAGCUGCUGGAGCUUCAAGGAAACAUCAGGGUGUUCUGUCGCUGCAGGAAGACCUCGACCUCCGGCUCCUGUGUGGAGAAAACCGACGACCAGGAGGUGGUGGUUGUCCAGAAGGGAAGCAGGAAGAAGUUCCAGUUUGACAAGGUCUACUCUCAGAGCAGCACACAGGAGGAGGUGUUUGCAGGAACUCUGCCAGUGAUAACUUCCUGUGUGGAUGGAUAUAACGUCUGUAUACUGGCCUAUGGACAAACCGGCUCAGGAAAGACAUACACCAUGAUGGGCAGCAAGGAAAACCCCGGAGUCAACAUCAGGUCAAUACGAGAACUGCUACGCAUCUGUGGAGAAAAAGAGAAGGUCUCCUACACUCUGAAGAUUUCAAUGUUGGAGAUUUACAACGACAGUUUGAAAGACCUUUUGACCAAAAGCACCGGCGCUGCUCUGGACAUCAGAGUCCAGGGGAAGUCAGUGUCUGUCCCAGGACUGACCCAGAUCCAGGUCCAGACCGAGGCCGACAUCCUCAACGUCAUGGAGACGGGUGAAAAGAACAGAAAGAUCGCCUCGACCAAGAUGAACACACAGAGUUCUCGGUCUCACCUGGUGGUGGCGCUGGAGGUGGAGGGCUCAGACGAGGUGUCUGGACUGACGUCUCGCGGGACGCUGACCUUGUGUGAUCUCGCUGGAUCUGAGCGGAUCUCCAAGACCGAAGCUGAGGGUCAAAGGCUGGUGGAGGCGGCCGCCAUCAAUAAAUCCCUGACAGCACUGGGACAGGUGUUCAGUGCUCUGAAGUGUAACGCCCUCCACGUCCCGUUCAGGAACUCUAAACUCACCCACCUCCUGCAGCCCUGCCUGAGCGGCGACGCGAAGUGCUGUGUGUUUGUGAAUGUGAGUCCAGACGUUAACGACACGGUGGAAACGCUGAGCACGCUGCAGUUCGGUUCCUCCAUACGGCAGGUUGCACUCGGAAAAGCAACGAAGAACAUCGUACCGGCUAAAAACAACAAGACCGUCAAGUAG